GUUCUUACCGCCCCAAAGCAUCCAAACUUCUCUGCUUAAGUUGACCCUCGCACCGCACUAUGGAACAAAGCCCCCAUUUGAUUCCAUUCCGAAAACCACACGAUAUUAAAUAUUGUUUGCCAUUAAUACUUAACCAAAUUUGCCAAUCUGCUCUGAGAGAUUGAGUCCGCUCAUUUUCUUCACAAGCUCUCAACCUCACCUCCCCCCUUCCCCCCCCCCCCGGAUUUCCCCCCUCCGCAGGUUUUCUUCUACCGGUGUUGACAUCUUCAUUUCAAAGGGCCCUCUGAUGGCUCUUAAUCUGCAGAUUAAGUCCUCACCUUUCCUGGGUUCCAGCAAGCCCAAUAACCCCCUCUUCAGUCUCAGCAAGACACAAGGUGCAUUUAGUUUUAAGAAGAGAGAUUGCAGAACGAGUAGAGUUCAUUGUUCGGCACAGCCUCCUCCUCCUCCAGCUUGGCCUGGGCGAGCUGUUCCGGACACAAACCUUAAAACAUGGGAAGGACCGAAGCCUCUUUCUAUCGUAGGAUCAACUGGUUCUAUUGGAACACAGACGUUGGACAUAGUUGCAGAGAAUCCCGAUAAAUUCCGAGUCGUGGCACUCGCUGCUGGAUCAAAUGUUACUCUUCUCGCUGAUCAGGUGAGGACUUUCAAACCUCAACUAGUUGCUGUGAGGAAUGAGUCAUUGGUUGAUGAACUUAUUGAAGCUUUAGCUGACGUUGAAGAAAAGCCCGAUAUCAUUCCUGGGGAAGAAGGAAUAGUUGAGGUGGCUCGCCACCCUGAUGCAGUGAGUGUGGUUACAGGAAUAGUAGGCUGUGCUGGGCUAAAGCCUACAGUAGCAGCAAUUGAAGCAGGGAAGGAUAUAGCGUUGGCAAAUAAGGAAACUCUAAUUGCCGGGGGCCCUUUCGUGCUCCCUCUCGCUCACAAGCAUAACGUGAAGAUUCUUCCAGCUGAUUCAGAACAUUCUGCUAUAUUUCAGUGUAUUCAAGGUUUACCAGAAGGUGCACUUCGGCGAAUCAUUCUAACUGCAUCUGGUGGGGCCUUCAGGGAUUUGCCUGUAGAAAAGUUGAAGGAAGUCAAAGUCGCUGAUGCUUUAAAGCAUCCUAACUGGAAUAUGGGGAAGAAGAUCACUGUUGACUCCGCCACCCUCUUCAAUAAGGGUCUUGAAGUUAUUGAAGCACAUUAUCUCUUUGGUGCUGAGUACGACAAUAUCGAGAUUGUCAUUCACCCGCAAUCCAUCAUACACUCGAUGGUUGAAACACAGGAUUCUUCUGUUCUUGCUCAAUUGGGGUGGCCUGAUAUGCGAUUGCCAAUCCUCUACACAAUGUCGUGGCCUGACAGAAUUUACUGCUCUGAAGUAACAUGGCCUCGUCUCGAUCUAUGCAAGCUUGGUUCAUUAACGUUUAAAGCUCCCGAUAAUGUAAAAUACCCAUCAAUGGAUCUUGCUUACGCUGCGGGAAGGGCAGGAGGCACUAUGACUGGAGUUCUUAGUGCAGCCAAUGAAAAAGCAGUUGAGAUGUUCAUUGAUGAGAAGAUAAGCUACUUGGAUAUAUUCAAGGUGGUGGAGCUCACAUGUGACAAACACAGGGCAGAACUCGUCGAGACGCCAACCCUUGAGGAAAUCAUCCACUAUGACUUGUGGGCUCGGGACUAUGCAGCGAGUGUACAGCACUCUUCUGAACGGCGACCUGUGUUCACGUGAUUAGUGAUUGUUUACUUUAAAUCGCAAUAAGAUGCUGUGGGAGGGGGGAGGGAUAAUAGCAGCAGCCUUCCUGUAUGGGAUGAAGUUCAUCCAUCACAAGGGAGACUUGUUCGGAACGAUAGUGCAGAGAGAAUCAUGCAAUUCUUCGGAAAAGUUAAGGAAUGCAAUUCAAUUCCGGGCUUUAUGUGCAUCUCAAUCGAUGCGAGCUCAAUUCGAUCA